AUGUGCGGAAUCGGCAUCUUGAUAGCACCUGUAUCCGCAGCACAACAAGGCCAACACUCCACGCAUUCCGACGACGCGCCGUCGCCAUUGCAGCGUUGCUGGCCAUCGGUGCUCCAAAACAUCGCCAACAGAGGUCCAGAUUGCUUGAACACUGUACAGCACCAUUUCCGCAUCAACGAUUCGAGCAGUGCAGCAGCGUCAUGGACAUUGUCUUUCACCUCCAGCGUGCUCAGCUUGCGUGGUGAUGGCGUUACACAGCAGCCACUCUGCAGCAUCGAUGGGCGCUUGUUGCUAGCCUGGAAUGGCCAAAUUUUUGACUGGGACGCCCCCGAGGACGAGAGCGAUGGCGACCGGAAUCGCGCGACUUCGUCUCGUGUCCGACUCGACUCUGGAGAAAACGAUGCAAUUGUUCUGCUCGAUAGCAUCCAACGCCUGCUCGAAACGCAGCAUCGAGAUGGCAGCCAAGUUUGCUCCGUUCAACAUGCUCUCAAUACGGCGCUGUCGCAGGUGGAAGGCCCGUACGCGUUCGUCUUGCUCGAUUGUCUCGAGUCCAAGCUGUAUUUUGGACGUGAUCCACUCGGAAGGCGAUCGCUACUUCUACAUCGUUCACCGCAGUACUCUACGCUUAGCAUCGUUUCUGUCGCAGCAGCACCUCUGAUGAGUGCUGCCGAGGAGGUGGGCGCGUCUCUGACCGAAAUCGACUGCUCCUCGUUAUGGACGAUUGAUCUGCUUCACUCGCCCACCUCGCCUCAGUCCCUGCCUCGUCUCUUAUCCCGCUUCACCUCGCCGCUACUGCUCCGAGAGCUUCGCUCGCCCGAACUCGAGUCCAUUGGCGAUACCUCGCCCGAACAAGUGCGAAAUGACUUUCUCAGCGUUUUGUCCGAAAGCGUACGCAGGCGCGUCACCAACAUCAACACAGAUCAGCCAGCGCAUGAGGCGCACGUAGCGAUUCUGUUCUCAGGUGGUCUUGACUGCACCACUUUGGCGCUGCUUGCGGAUCGACAUGUGCCGAAAGAGCAGCCGAUCGAUCUGCUCAACGUAGGAUUUGAAAACGUCCGUGCGAUCCAAGCGGCUAAGCACGAGAGGGAGAAGAGGUUGCGUUCCAAGCUCAAGGCUGCAAGUAAGCGAACAAGGGCACAGCAAGAGCAGCUUCAGGGCCAACACAACUGCGAGAUUUUGCAAGACGCAACUGAUGCGAGCCGAGAUUCGGGUGCGGAGGCGGAAGAUGCUAGCGAAGCUUACAGCGACGACGUGUACGCUGUUCCAGAUCGUCUUACUGGACUUUCAUCCUAUGCCGAGCUGUGUCAACUCUCGCCUACACGUCGAUGGAACUUGGUCUGCAUCAAUGUGGCAUACUCCGAGUAUACUUUGCACCGAGCCACUGUGUCGGAGCUGAUGGCACCCAGUUGCAGCGUGAUGGAUCUGAGCAUAGCUUCGGCGCUCUACUUUGCGUCUUGCGGGCGAGGACAUGUUGAUCCUAAUGCGACUCCGUACACGUCGCCUGCGCGCGUGCUCAUCUCCGGCUUGGGAGCCGACGAGCUGCUCGGCGGAUAUUCGCGACACCGUCAAGCGUACCACCACUACUCGCUCGACGGUCUCACCGCAGAACUUCAGCUUGAUCUAGACCGCCUACCCAGUCGCAACCUCGGUCGUGAUGAUCGCAUCCUCUCUGCCCAUUCCAAGGAAGCUCGUUAUCCAUUCCUCGACCGACGCGUUCUCGACUUCCUCACCGCUACUCCCGUCCACCGCAAAGUGCAGCUCUCCACCAUAGCAUCAGAAGGCAAAGCCGGAGACAAACGCUUGUUGAGAGACCUAGCCUGCCAAUUGGGCUUGCUCCGCGCAGCCGAGCUCAAAAAGCGCGCCAUGCAGUUCGGUACACGCUCCGCAAAGAUCGAUGCCGACAGUAAACACGUAAAGGGACAUCACAAGCUGACUUGA